AUGGCUCGACUAACAAUCUUGGCUGGACUGUCCGUUUUGAUGUGUCUCCAGAUGGUGUCUUCUACCAAACUGGUGUGCUACUUCACAAAUUGGUCCCAGUAUAGACCAGGAGUUGGCAAAUAUCUGCCUGCCAAUGUAGAUCCCAACCUCUGCACACACCUGAUCUACGCCUUUUCAAUAAUCAGCUCUUCUAACGAACUGGCGCCCUAUGAGUGGAAUGAUGAUGUUCUCUACAAAUCCUUCAAUGAACUGAAGAACAGAAACCCCCGACUGAAGACCCUGCUGGCUGUUGGUGGGUGGAACUUUGGAACCACACAAUUUACCAUCAUGGUUACAUCACCCGCAAACCGUGAGAGAUUCAUCCAGUCUUCAAUCAGAUUCUUGAGACUGCAUGGCUUUGACGGUCUGGACCUGGACUGGGAGUAUCCUGGAAGUCGAGGAAGCCCACCAGAGGACAAGAAGAGGUUCACAGUGCUCUGCCAGGAAAUUCUUGCCGCCUUCGAAAAAGAAGGUGCUGAGACCAGAAAACCCCGACUGCUGCUUACAGCUGCAGUGGCUGCAGGGAAGGGAAACAUCGACAAUGGAUAUGAUAUUGCUGACGUCUCAAAGUUCCUAGACUUUAUAAACGUCAUGACCUAUGACUUCCACGGAGCAUGGGACCCGUUCACUGGUCACAACAGCCCUCUGUACCGCAGCUCUUACGAUCAGGGCGAAAACAUCUACUACAAUGUGGACUUUGCUAUAAAAUAUUGGAGGGACCAAGGUGCUCCUCUUGAAAAGCUCCUAAUCGGAUUCACUACGUACGGACGCACAUUUCGCACAUCAUCAGCAGCUAACGGCGUUGGAGCAUCCGCUAGCGGACCAGCCUCUGCUGGGCCCUACACCCGUGAAGCUGGAUUUUGGUCCAACUACGAGAUUUGCACUUUCCUCCAAGGAGCCAGUCUCCACUGGAUUGAUGAGCAAAUGGUGCCAUAUGCCAUGAAAGGAAAUGAGUGGGUUGGGUUUGAAAACAUGAAAAGCUAUGAAAUCAAGGCACAGUAUAUGAAAGAGAACAAAUAUGGAGGAGCCUUCAUCUGGGCCCUGGAUCUGGAUGAUUUUUCUGGACAGUUCUGUGGCCAGGGAAACAAUCCCCUCAUUAGUUAUCUGCGUUCUCUUCUGGAUUCAGAUUUUCCACCUCCACUGCCUACAACCACACAUUCACCAGAGAUUACCACAAAUCACCCUGGCACAGCUCACAGCACAAGUACUACUGCUCCAACGACAUCCAUUGCCAAAACAACAACCAAAGAGGUUUCUGGAAGUGGUUUCUGUUCUGAGAAAGAUGACGGCCUCUACGUAAAUGACAUGAACCGCAACUCCUUUUAUCAGUGCGCUGACGGACAGACAUACCUCCAGCGUUGUCCAGUUAAUCUUGUUUUCAGUAAAGGAUGCAACUGCUGCAACUGGCCUUAA